UGCGCUACUUUUGCGUAUCGACUUGCGGAGUUUGUUUACGCGGAAAGAAGUUCGUCAAGAGCUCGUAAAAAAUUUACAAGAGACCGAGAUCGAGACUGCUCGAAGUAACGAUUCGAAGUUCUUGUCGAACCGUCGCUACCACCGGCUGUCGAAGAUCGUCGCACUUGCGCGUUGAAAGCGACGUACUUAUGGCACGUUUUUCCACGGAUCCCCCACGGUGAUUCAGUGUGGAAUCAUCGGCGCAGUGUAACGUCAUCCGCAGCCGUCGUUCAGCAUCGCGAAGGACGGACAGCUACCGCAGCAGCCAAAGCGGCGUAUCCUGUGCGCAGCAUCCGCAACUGCGUGGUUGUCCCAAGCCUUUUGUCUGUAUAUCUCGCUCUCUCCUUCUCUCAUAUACCGCCCCGUGCGCGUGCGGAGCACCUUGUUCGGAGAGCGCGUCUCGGGAUGCGUCACGCCGAUCAGUGGUGGUGAAUCGAAUAAUCCCGAUAAUCCCGUCCGGCCGCCGACAUAUCAGGGGCAGGUCGAGCAAGCAAUCUGCGCGAUUGCUGGCCGAUGAAGGCGCGUAAGAGCCGCGACAAACGUAAGUUCGGAAAGCGAGUACGACCGUAAAGAGAAAGAAAGAAAGGCUGCUCGGUGAUCAAGCUCUUCCUCCUGCUUUCUCGCCUCGUGUCCGUGCGGCACCGUUCGAUAUACGUGCCACUGCCGUUGAUACUUGGACCAGUCGAUCGACUACUCAGCGGAGAGCGUCGUUGACAAGCGGAGCGACAGCCGGGGGGUGAUAACUGCCGAAUGCAGCACCAAGAAGGAGAGCUUGAAGGACUCGGGGGCGUUUUAGGGAGCUCCGGGGGCGCCGCGCUCGCCCUUGGUGGCCGACACAAGCCGGAGGAGCUCGCCACCCUCGCGGCCACCACCAGAUUCUCACGGAAGGAGAUCCAGCUGAUCUACCGGGGUUUCAAGCAGGAGUGCCCAAGCGGUUUGGUCGACGAAGAUGCCUUUAAGCAGAUCUUCUCGCGAUUCUUUCCGCAGGGAGACGCAAGUCAGUACGCUCAUUAUGUCUUCAACACCAUGAAGAGGAAACCGUCCGGCAAGAUAAGCUUCGAGGAGUUCCUCACUAUACUGUCGAAGGUGUCAAGAGGGUCGGUGGAGGAGAAGCUGCAAUGGGUAUUUGGUCUGUACGAUCUGGAUGGCGAUGGUCUGAUAAGCAAAGAGGAAAUGCUGGAUGUCGUCGGCUCCAUUUACGACAUGCUAGGCCGUUACACGCAACCGCAAAUCCCUGAGCCGCAUGCGGCCGCCCGUGAACACGUCGAUCGCAUCUUCCACUUGAUGGACGCGAAUAAGGACGGUGUGGUGACCAUCGAAGAGCUAGUACAAUGGUGUUCCAAGGACGAGCAAUUGUUGCGAAGUCUUGAUACUCUGGAUACCGUAUUAUGAGAUCUUAACGUUUUAUCGGAGAUUUCAGUAUCACAGAUUAUCAACUACGCUUUGAGCAAUGACUAUAAAAUAUCAUGAACCUUUCCAUCGAUCUACCCGCCUCUCUUUAUGCAGAUAAGGAGAAUACGCAAAUUCUCAGUGAUUUAACGAUUAUACAUUUAAACAAAAACCGAUAAAAUCGAGUAAAAAUGUUAAAAAAAAUAUAUAAAAGACAGAAAAAUCGAAUUAAAUCUGUUUGCGAAUCGCGAUUUUACGAUUUACAAGCAAAAUCCAAUAAUUCAAUGUUUAGAGAAGAUCAAACGCGACCAAAAUGUCAUUGCUCGAGACGUAUCUUUAAGAAAAGACCCCGAAGAACCCUUUCGCACGUGUCUUUGUAAAUAUGUACGUACCUCGUUUACACACCUACCCAGUCUUUCAAGUACAACACUUCCGAUACAUGAUUCAAUGAUGAGGAUUUGAAAGAAUCGAUGAUUAAAGUCAUCUUUAAAGUUUCUUAAAGCUUCACAGCUUUGAGAAUUUUUGAAACGUUGAAGUUAUAAAGUAUCUUAAAUUAUUAUAUACAAAAUUAUUAAAUUAUUUAUUAAUUAUAUCAGAGAAAGUAGAUCAUCGCUCCGUUCAAAUGCUCAAUUUCUUGCAAGAAAUAGAUGAAUUAAAAGUUAUCGAUACGAAUUUGAUCUGCAAAGGCAGAAAGGGUAUUCGUAAUUUAAUUGAAAUCGAGAAUCUUUCUCUCUCUCUCGAAUUAUUCUUAUAACUUCACAGAAAAUGUACGUCUUUUUCUUCUUAGAAACUGUUUUGUUGACUCAUAUAUUUUUAGAAGAUUGCUAUGAUAUUUACGUAGUGUUGCCGAGGUGUUUAAGCCUCUGGAAUCGUUAAUGAUAUUAAUCGAUUGACCCUUCGAAGGCGCAAGUCUGCCCUAGCUUUUUAAGAUUUCUAAAUUUGAUCUUUCAAUCUUAAUGUACUAUCGUGAACGCCAAAUUUGGACUUUUAAGUCAUCGAUUGCAAAGCAGUACUCUUCUCGGGCCAAGUGAGGGAGACCAACGUUGCCCUGUUAUUACCUUGGCCUAUACCUCGUGUGAUUAUCCUGUACCUUAUUAUUAUAUAAUAUUAAUUAUAUUAAUAUAUAAUUAUUAUAUCGGAGUUGAGGUAACUCGUUGUCUGCCAUACGUGCCGUCAAAAAUAAUAUAUCCUAUUUUUUUCGGAUCUCCUAAUAUCACUAUAUUUUUUAUUUUAAGACUGUCUUGUAAGACCUAAAUUCGUCUACCUCAUUGCAGUCUCGGAUCUUUGUACGAUUUUGAUUAUUCGCGAAAUUUUUUAUUUCUGGAACGCUUUGAUCCCAUGAAAUUCUUUAAGCAUUCUUUGAUUUAUAGAUAUUUUAUGUUUGACUUCUAAAGAAAGGUAUCUUCUUAUGUAGUUCUUCAUGGCAGAUAAAGUGUUAAUACCACUUAUUACACUCGUUCUUAAAUUGUUGAAGUUUAAGGUUUAAUCCUUCUUAUACAGAAACGAGCUAUAUAUAUAUAUACUUAUAUAUAUAUAUAUAUAUAUAUAUAUAUAGCUAUAUAUACAUAUAUAUGUAUAUCAGUAUAUAUAUAUAUAUGUAUGUAUGUAUAAUCGACUGUUAAAAGCAUUCCAUGAAUUUAUUCUCGUUCGCAAAUAUAAUUGCGAAUUUUUCGGCGUUGUGAACGCAAAAUGCGCCUUUUGCGUGUCUAACAAGAUUAGCGUGUAGCGUGUAUAUACGUGUAUGCACUUUUGUUAAAACGCAUGUACACUCGUGCAUACCUAUAAGAAAAUAAAUCUACCUUUAUACGACGAAUCGCUAUGUCAUUUGUCUAAUAAUAAAAAAUCUAAAAUUUAAA